UCGUCGAGAUCGGCGUGUCAAAAAUGUUAAACUAUAAUGUGAAGUCCUCGGAAAAAUUCUGAUUAUUUGUCAAAGUUUGACGUCUCCAGUCCUCAUACCAAUACAUAUUUCAGUAAGAUUUUAAAGUAAAGUUUAUUUGAUGGCUUCGUCAACACCGAGGAAGCGAACCGACGAGAAACCGGUCAAUGGAUUCCUUACAAUCUCAACACUAUCGAAAGCCUUUGCAUCUGGAUCCACGUGGGAAGAUAAAGAUGAGUUUUUAGAUGUCAUUUAUUGGAUGCGGCAGGUUUUUGGUCUUGUUCAAGGAUUAAUAUGGGGGUUGUUGCCACUGAAGGGAUUUUUUGGAUUGCUUCUGUUUUUUGCACUCAACCUUGGCAUUGUAUAUCUGUAUUACAACUCAUUUCAAAAAAUUGAUGAUGAAGAAUAUGGAGGAGCAUCAGAAAUCUUAAAAGAGGGACUUAUGACAUCAUUUGCUGCAUUUCUGGUAACAUGGAUAAUAAUCUACUCAUCCUUGCAUACCAAUUCAUAGCAUUUACCUACAUAGUGAGAAGAUUCCAACAUACAGAGAUCAUCUAAUAUGUCAUACAGAAUAAAAGACCACCCCGUGCCAUCAGGAACUCUGAAGAAAUUAUGUGGCAUUAGUGUUCACAGAAAAAUGAAACUCUCAUUAUAACUGUGUUAAAAUCAAUCAUGAAUUAUUUCAUUUUGUAUCAUGAUGUGGAGAAAUCUUGUAUGAUUUAUAACAUUUUGUAUUAGUGAUGCUGGUUGUAUUCAUCUAUUGUAAUGUUAGGAUGUUUACAAUAAAAACAUAGUGUAUGAUCAA